AUGUCAGAUAUCAACCCAUUGGAUGUCUUGGCCAUCAAGAACGUCGUAUCGCGGUAUUGUCAGGCUCUGGAUCUGAAGGACUUCGAUCUGCUGGGCAAGGUCUUCGUACCGGACGUUGAAGCCAGCUACCCUUUCAAUGAAGCCAUACAGAGCCUUGACGAACUGAAGGAUGCGAUUAAGAACCGCCUUGGACCAAUCCGAACACAUCACAACCUCACCACACAGACCAUCACAUUCAGAUCCGAUGCGCAGACGGCCCGGGUAGUAACAUAUUUCCAAGGAGUUCACUUCGGACAAGGCCCUCACGAGGGCAAGAUGCUAUGCGCGUAUGGCAAGUACGUGGACGACAUGGUAAUGCUAGAAACGAAGCAAAGUGACUUCGAUGGUGUGCGCGGUGCAAGUGGUAUCUGGAGGAUCAAGGACAGAACGGUAACCUUCACCCAGCGAAUUGGAGACGAGAAGAUCAUGAAGGAGCAUUGA